UAUUAGUCGAUAGAAGACAAACUCAUAUAAACAAAAAAAAAGAUGGAAAGUUCUAAGCAGAAACAAUGUCAUUCUAGCGUAGUCGAAACCAUUGAAGCGCCAUUGCCGUUAGUUUGGUCAAUACUACGUCAGUUCGACAAACCACAAGCUUACCAACGUUUCGUCAAAAGUUGCACUAUGCGCUCCUGCGAAGACAGGGGAGGAAAAGGCUCCGUCCGGGAGGUGACGUUAGUCUCCGGCCUUCCAGCGGAUUUCAGCACGGAGAGGCUCGAUGAGCUUGACGAUGAGUCUCAUGUAAUGGUUGUUAGUAUCAUUGGUGGUAACCAUAGGCUUGCUAAUUACAGAUCGAAGACAACGGUGGUGGCUGCAUCGUCGUUGGUGGAGAAGACGGUGGUGGUGGAGAGUUACGUGGUAGAUGUGCCGGAAGGAAAUAGUGAGGAGGAUACGAUAUAUUUUGUUGAUAACAUCAUUCGGUAUAACCUUUCAUCACUUGCUAAGCUCACAAAGGAGAUGAUGAAAUAAACUAAGCUCUAUAGUAAAUCGUUGGAUUAGUCUUAUUUUUCAGCAUUAAAAUAGUAUCUUUAUAUAUAUCGUGUCCUUUUUACGUCCUUGUAUACAUGUUUCUUCUCUCGUACUAUUUUCUGAGAACAUCAUGUUAGAAGAAAUAAUAUGAAGACUAGUUAAACAACA